GUCCCUUGGGAUGGAAAGAUCCACUGGGCUCUCAAGGGCACUACCGUCUUCAAAGACUCCGAGGAAGAGCGCCGCGCGCGAUGCUUUCGACCCAACAUAAUAGUGUCGGAGCCCAGCUCACAUCUCUGGGUGUUUCAAUUCGGCCUGCGCUACAUUCCAGCCCACUGCGAUAUCAACGUGUACCGUGCCAUCAAAGUCGACAAUUUGCCUCCCAAUGCCGCGCUCUCACAGAUCUUGCCCCUGAUACCCGGCGAGAUUCUCGCGGCCCGCCUGCUUGACACUCGCGCCAUCACCGGUUACAACACCGCUCUUGUCACAUUCGUGCAUCAGACCGAUGCGGAGAGCUUCCUCCGCACAUCGAACGGCUCUCUCAUACUGAAAUCGGGACAGGCCAAGGUUGCGCCGAUCCCCACCCCAAGCUAUCCCAUCAACGCGGACAUGGAGAGGCUGAUCUAUGAAAAGGGUUACACCCGGGUCAUCCGCAUCUCUAACCUACGUGAGCCGCUGAAGGGUGAGAUUGUACGUGUUUUGGGCAAUGCAUACCUUCUUUCUCAGAUCGAAAGCAUACAAGAUGGGCCUGGGGUCGGCGAGGCCCGAAUGCGCUUCUGCUCCAUCAAGGGGGCUGCAGCAGCGUAUGUUCUCCUCAGGAGCCAGACGAAAUUUGACGAAUGCCAGUGGAAGUUCCAGCAGGCUGUUCGGCCAAGAAACCCUCACAUUGGGAUUUGGAAUUAG